CUUAUGUGGAGCUUUAUGAUGGUGGGUCAACAAGUUCGCCUUUGCUGGGGCGAUUUUGCCAGGGGUCAUCUUGGAAUGAGACUCAGUUGUCGAGUGGAAACCAAAUGUUUGUGAUGUUCCAUCCUGGACAAACAGUUGAUCGUGGAUUUGAAGCGAAAUAUAAAUCCAUACCGACCGGUGGUGAGUACCCUGUGAAGUUUAUUCUGAAUAUCCUCUUUUAUAAUCAUCAAACAUUUUUGUUGCGCGAGUCUGGUCUUGGUGCGUUACGCAACCGACUAUGCCCCAACUUGCAUGUCAUUUCAUACUUUUAUAUUUUUAAGAGACAGACAGACUUUCGCCGCUCACCACGAUCACGCUGAGUUACCCUCGCCUUCUUCUGAAAGAAAACGUAUUUAACAUUUCUCUUUCACGAGGGUCUCAAUGGGGUUAACCGUUAGCCGUAAAACGGCCAAAAACUUUACACGUUAGACGUAGAAAUUGACAGAUUUUUUAAAAGAAGAGAAGACUUAAAAUUCCAUUCCCUAAAAGCUGAAACUCUCUAUUGGGGCGGCGUGUCUGAGUGCUUAGGGCGCUGGACUUGUAAUCUGUUGGUCUCGGACUCAAGUCCUCCGCCCUGCUACUCACUCGAUUGGUUUUCGGUUGCCCCGAGUAUAACUCCCACCAAUGGCAUAGCUCCACUUUCUACAUAUAAAUCCACACACAACCCACAAUUCCUCUAAUCGCUUCGACGAAGGGCUAAUGCUCGAAACGUCAGCCUUUUUACCCUUUACGGUGGCUAAUUUACGUUUUCAACCCAGUUGUUAACACUAAAUUACCUGCUAUACUCUCCCACCGACGCAGCACCACAGUUUCUUUAGAAACUUACCCCUUUAUUCAUUUGUCAUUUAUUUGCUGCGACCACUAACUCUUACCUUAGAAUUUUUCUAUCUACAGAUCUCAAAAAAAAGCUUAAAAAAAAGCUUAAAAAAAAGCCUAAAAAAAAGUCUAAAAAAAAGCUUAAAAAAAUUUACCAAGGAGCUACGCCAGGAAAUCGUAAGUUACCUUUUUCCUUUCCCCCCUAUUAGUGAAGAUCUAGCAUUCCGUUUAGCCGUUCUCAUUUUCGCCAAAACUAGGUUUUAUAGUCACAUCCAUUUCAUCGGCCGUUGCCUUCAUUCCAAAGUUAUUCCUAAGGGUUUUCGCUCCAAUUUUCACACAUCUUCUUUUUCUCAUUCGAAUCAAUAUCGUCACCAAAUUCAGUGCGCCCAAAAUUCUUUUUCACGCAAUAAAAAUCUCAUCAUUACCACUCCUAGAACUUCGUGUAUUUACUUUUUACCUAAAAUCCACAAACCUAACAACCCAGGUCGACCCAUCGUUUCUGCCUGCAGUUGUCCCACUGAACUUAUUUCCAGCUAUUUAGUCAAAAUUAUGUCACCUAUCGUCAAAACUCUACCGUCUUACAUUAAGGACAGCCAACAUGCACUUGAAAUUUUUCGUGACUUUAGUUUCCUCGACCAAAACAAACUUAUUUUCACCAUGGAUAUAACAUCUCUUUACACUGUCAUUCCCAAUGACGAAGGUCUCCGGGCCCUCAAACAUUUUUUUCGAUCAACGCACUGUUAAGAAACCUAGCUCUGUAACACUACUCCGUCUGGCCGAACUAGUACUCACACUCAAUUGCUUUUCAUUCGGUGGUAACUACUACAAACAAACUAAUGGCGUGGCCAUGGGUACUAAAAUGGGACCCAGCUACGCCAAUCUUUUUGUAGGUUUUAUCGAACAUCAAUUUUUUAGCCAAUACCACGGCCCAAAACCUCAACUCUAAGGCCGCUACAUUAACGAUUGCAUCGGCGCUACCUCCUCUACCAAAGAGGCGCUCACUCAAUUUAUAACCGCCGUCAAUUCCUUUCAUCCGGCUCUUAACUAUACCUGGGAAAUUUCCGACACUUCUUUGGCUUUUCUAGACAUCAAAAUUUCAAUUGAAGGCAACGGCUUAUGUACUAGUGUUUACUACAAACCUACAGAUUCACAUAGUUACUUGUUGUAUUCAUCCUCACAUCCAUCACACGUCAAGAACUCCAUACCUUUUUCACAGUUUCUCAGACUUCGUCGUUUAUGUAGUGACGACUCUUAUUUUUCUGAAAAAUCAGAGGCAAUGUGCCAGUUUUUCGAUAAACGCGGCUAUCCUGUUUCUGUCGUUCAAGCGGGCUACCACCGUGCCCAACAAAUCGAUCGACAGGCAGCACUACAAACGGCCGAGAAGGAGAACACUGACCGCAUUCCAUUUACUCUUACAUUUCACCCUCACAACCAUGCAGUUAAAUCUAUCAUUCUUAAAAAUUUUAAAUUACUCCGAAACGAUUCAGAGACUGGCACUAUCUUUUCGCAACCCCCACUUAUUUCAUUAAAACGUGACAAAAACAUAGGCAACUUUUUAGUCAGGAGUUCAUUUCAAACCAAUGACCAAUCUGGAACUUUUAAAUGCGCUCGCUCACGAUGCAAAACUUGUCCUUUCAUUCAUAACGUAGAGAAAAUAUCGGGACCCAAAAGAUCCAUUAAGAUCAUUGAUUACUUUACGUGUACCUCCGCCAAUGUUAUUUACUGCAUAACUUGCACUUAUUGCAAUAAGUUAUACAUCGGCGAAACAGGAAGACGACUGGGUGACCGAUUCCGAGAACACCUUCGCGAUGUGGAAAGAAAUGACAAGGACGCAUCCAAACCAGUCGCUAGACACUUUAAUCUUCCUAUUCAUUCUAAACAGCAUAUGGCAGUUUGCGGCCUUUCCUUACAUCUAGGCAGUUCGGAAAGCCGUAAAACACUAGAACAAAAAUUUAUAUUCCAAAUCGGCACCCUUAAUCCCCACGGAAUCAACGAGCGCUUUUCAUUCAACUAAUUUAUUCCUGUUUUCUCGUCACCAUAUUCCCACCAAUGGCGUAGCUCCACUUUCUACAUAUAAAUCCACACACAACCCACAAUUCCUCUAAUCGCUCCGACGAAGGGCUAACACAAUUGUCAACACUGAAUUACCGAGUAUAACCCCUCGGCUGCGCUGAGUAAAUAGCCAACUGGUCUUUUUAAUUCCAGUUGGGGUCUUGAAGCAUUUUAUACUUGUAGUGUAACAGUCACUCUGAAAAGCCCCGCGUGGACGAGCCAAUAAAGUAUGUGUGUAUGUAUGUAUGUAUGCGUGUAUGUAUUUAUGUAUACAGCAAACGAUAUGUUUCCUCGCUAAUGAGAACUUUUGCAGUUUACGCCAGAAAUUUAUACCUUCGUCGGAGGUCUUUAUCCUUUUAUUACAUAUUUUUUUAAGGUGUAGACCCCUGUUCAGAAUAUCCCUGUGCCAACGAUAGCACAUGCGUGGAUAAUGAAGACAGUACCUUUAAAUGCAUAUGUCCUCCCGGUGUCACCGGUGAUCGCUGCCAAGUCGGUGAGUAUUUCACUUGUUCAAGUUUGAAAUUCCACUUCCGAGAAUCUUACUCUUUUUUGAUGUGAGAAUUUUGACGUAGGCAAAGUGUUUCGUCACGCAUGAGAGGUUUCGUAAUCUACUCCGGUAUGUUUCAAUUCCAAUUGCUACCUUUUAACUUUUAUCCUUAUUUCUAAGGUUUAGACCCCUGUUCAGAAUAUCCCUGUGCCAACAAUGGCACUUGCGUGGAUAAUGGAAACAAUACCUUCAAAUGCAUAUGUCCUCCCGGUGUCACUGGUGAUCGCUGCCAAGUCGGUGAGUAUUUCACUUGUUCAACUUUGUUUGUUUGUCUUUUCUUAAGGAAUAUAUUUUCGAUAAAUAGCGAUUCCCACUCAUCAUAUUCCUUACCGAUAUAAUGAGAAAUUUGUUCUUGUGUGAAUGGCUUAAAUUUGUUUUUCAGAUAUUGAUGAGUGUCGGGAGAACAAGGACCACUGUCAAGAUAUCUGUGAGAAUACUAUGGGGAGUUACUACUGCUCUUGCUCAGAUCCAGAGUUAAGCGUUGCACGAGACAAGCGCCAUUGUAUUGGUGAGAAAUAAUCUAAUGGAGCAAUUUUCCAUGUAGUUGGAAUAAAAGGUUGUUAACAUGUUGUUUGAUUAUUUGGUAGAAACAGUGAAUGAUGAGCACUUUACAGGAUGGCCUCGAAGUAUCAGUCUAUGGCGAUCGGCCUUUUUGGUCUUUAAGUUUUGGUGUUCUUCUUGCCAAAUACGGGUUUAUCAUAAUUAACAUCCCUGUCAGAUUUUAAACGAAAGUUGUUCGUAUAUUUCAAAGUACAAGUUUUUCCUUCGUCUAGAGCCUUGAGCAAUUGCGCAGAUUACACGACUAUAACAUGAUGGCGACGUGACCGUGAGGGAAAUGGCAAUAAAAAUUAUUUUGGGAGAGAGUGAGAGAAGUAAUCAAAAAGUCUCGUCUUUUUUAAGCACGGAGACUAUUUAUCAUUGGUGACCUAUUCUUGAGCAUUUUUGUUCUAUAAAUCAAUUAUCCUUCGCAGCUACUUAAUGUCGCAGUCAGAUUUUGACAAUACAGGUUUCUAUUUUUGUAUUCUGUAUGUUGCCCUUAAGCGUUUAGCUAUAUUGGCAUCUUACCUCUACAGAGUCUUAAAAUGAAAUCUGAUAUUUUAUUUCAACAGCCGAGGGAGUGGAAGUAGACUGUGGCCAAGACGAAAUAACUAUUACUCUACCCAAGUCUCUCCUCUUGGGUCUUGACCGUGAACACCUGAGACUAAUAGACGCGAACUGCACAGCCACUGAAAACGAGACUCACUUUUUCCUUCAUACCGAAACUGGAAAGUGUGGUACCAUUUCGAAGCAUAAUAAGGAUUACGUUAUAUACAGCAACAUGGUGUCCGAAAUACCUAUAGAAGAGAACAAGAUUGUGACGCGCUUGCGCCAGGCUAUGAUCCCCUUCGACUGCUUUUACUCCAAUUGGGGUGUGGCGUCUUCCAUUGGAAUCAGGCCAUCAGGCAGGAAGAUCAUUUUUUCUUCCGAGGGAUUUGGAAAGUUUACUCUCAGUUUGGAUUUGUUCCGAAGUUCUCAGUAAGACAAAUCUAUACAAUCGUGAAUAUGGUCUAUUCCAUUUGCUACUAUGCAAAUUGUAUAUUAUCGUACUUGACUGGGUCAUUUUAUAGAUAUGAGGUCGAACACAAAGCCUUUCUUGAGAAAAUAGUUGUAUUUGUGUGGGAAAAAGAUAACUUUAUGUUAGAGGCAUGACACUGCGUGACUGUUGUUUUGAAAAAAAAGAUAAGAUUUGGAUUCCGAUGUAAUGCGUUUUCGAUCUUAACCUACAUAAUUUUUGCGAUUGCGCAGUUCCUUCAAGGAAAUUUGCGAGUGCUGAAAAGAUUGUCGAAAUUAAUUUUUAGCUCCAAAAGAAGUCUAUCAAAUUACGAUUUUCAAAUUAUUGCGCGUAGCUUAUUCAAAAUUUAAAAUGAUACAAUUACUGAAAAUUUAAAGGUUGUCUUCUCUUGAUUUGCCCUUAUAAUCACCACAAAGCCAAGAUGUUAGAAAGAUGCUGAUGAGUGCAAUCCAAUUUUUCGACUGACACUUUUGAAACCAAAAUGUGCUUAAAAGGAUUUUAAUAAUGAUACAAAGUGGCGACCGAGAGGACGUUUUAACACUAGAAAGGUCCAUUUCGGUAUUUAAAUCUCCAAACAUGGAUUUUAGCAUAAAAUUAUUACUAACUUUUCUGAGUUUGUACAUCGCUUUUGUUCAAGAAAAUUACUUGUUCAUGUCGAAUAGACGCAAGCCUCAAGAAGUAAGGUCUAAUUGUAUUUCAACUCUUUCCUUCCAUCAGAUUCAUUGCUCCCUUCUCUCAGGAUGACUUCCCUGUUGAAUUCACAAUCCGUGAACGAGUGUACUUUGAAACCCGUGUCGACAGCGAGGACUCAACAUUGUCAAUCUUAGCCCUGAAAUGCUAUGCCACCCCCUAUCAGGACAGGAAUUCUCAGCCCAGAUAUGAUAUUAUUAAAGACGGGUAGGUAACUCUCAUUACGUUUUUUGCUCCAUGACUUAAACGAGGUGUUCAAGUUUUGCCUCAAAAAAUCCAUUGCCAAUUGAAAGUUGAAGGUGAGGGAAUAACAAAUUUUUCAUGUCAUGAAAACUUGAGGAUAAGGAGAAUAACUGUUUUCUUGUAACCUCGAGGGUUUACUUAUGCAACUACUCUUUUUUAACUAUGUUUUUCUUUAAAAAUAUUCGGUGUGUAGCCAGACAUAUUAAAAAAUUUUGUGAAAAAGAAAAAAGUUGACAUUGGUCAAAAAAUAUAUUGUUCUGGGCGUUUCGGCUACUCCUGUUGCCUUCUAUAACAAAGAUAAAAAUGCAAAAUGUCUAACGGCGUCCUGUUUGGUAUAUUGUUACACUUUAAAACAUUCCUUCGAGAUUUAGUUUUAUCACACAUCGUGGACAUAAAUAAUAUGCCAAGCAGGACGCCGUUAGCCAUUUUGCAUUUUUAUCUUUGCUGAAGACGGCAACAGUAGUAGCCGAAACGUCCAGAACAAUAUAUUUUUUAGCCAGUAUCAACUUUUUUUAUUCUUUUUACCAAAAUGUUUUUCUUUCUUUCUUCCAAAUCAAUUUCAAUAGUUUCGUUGAACAGCCAAAAUAUUCCCAUCUCAUGUUAUUAAAUAAAUUAUUCAUCGAUUGAUUGAAACUAAUUAGAGGGCAUGCAUCUCUCCAAUCACUCGAGCUUUUAUCCCAAGAGACAGUCAAAACUACGGUGGCCUCUGACUACCAUUAUAAAUGAAAGAAAAAAAGUGGAUAUUUCUGUUUAAGUUAUAACAAAGGAUCCAAAGUUACCUUUGUGAACUUUGGAUGCGUAGCUCUAACUUUGGAUUCGUGGUUUAAAGGUUGGAUUCUUAGCUACAACUUUAACACCACUAUUCACUCAGUUACAAGUCACGGAACCAAAACCUCACCUCACAAGUAAUUAAUAAAUAAAUACGUUAAAAGUUUGUCUAGCAAGGGUGAUUCGUGAGAGUGCUUUUGAUAAACUUGUAACCGACAAACUUUACAGAACUGGUCUUAUUUUCUCACUUUCUGCAGGUGCUCGGUCGACAAUGAUGACACACUUCAAUUCCAUGACAGUCCCGACAGCCAGUCUCAGCGCUGGAGCCUUGAAGCCUUCCAAUACGUCAGCAACCACGCGUUUGUGUUUUUCCAUUGCGAGGUCCAAAUCUGUGACGCCGCAGAUCCUGCCUCAAGAUGUGCUCAAGGCUGCGUACAGCGAAGACGACGAAGCGAGGGGGUUCUUCAUGACAACCCGGGUAACAAAUACGCUCUGGCCCAAGGUCCUAUCGCACUGAACCGCGAGAACAGAGAGGCGGAAGCGGUUGCCUUGGAUGAGACUAAGCCCAAAGUUAAUACAGGCAAGUAUUUGAAGUAAAUGUUUUAAAGCAUUUGGCAAUGCUAACAGCAAGAUGCAGAAAUAUCUGAACAGGUGUUCAAGACAUAUCUUAAGUCCAGACAAAAAAAUUACUCGGUAGAUGGUUUUGACUCAGGAGCGAGAAUCGACACCGCUGUAGCCUGAUCGUCCAGGUGAGAGAAAGUCCGCCCUGAAAACGACAGCCGUCAGUAAAAAUGGAAGACGUUUCGACAAUGUGAAUGAAAAUGAUAGGAUUCUCUUUUGCUUAGGGUGUCGAAACUUGACUCAUUGUCAAGCACAACCUCCUAUUGCAGGGCCACUCUCACUCACUCUCAUUCCUUAUGAUCAGACCACACAAGUAGCAGAAAAUGAUUCUACCGCAGUCUCAGUAUAAACAAACAAGUGCUACACUAAAAUGUAUUCAAAGAAUGACUUGAGAGAGAUGACUUGGUAACUUAACUACAUUCCCAACGUCACUAUUUCAUAACCAACUCCUCAUAAACGACUAGUUUAUCGCAUCUACAGACAAACUGGACGACCAAACGAACGGCACAUAUCGGAGCUGACCGACCAAAACUUGCAAACGCAGUUUCAACCCCUUGGCUGGUAGAACAAACAAACCACGCAACAAAGGAUUAAUUAGUUUUGUAGUAUCAACUUAAUAACAUUGCAACGUUUCAAAGGUGUAUCUCACUAUGUUUCAGGUCCACCCUCCUCAGAUGAUACGACAUGAUUAAACUAAGCUCGAUUUUCUUACUUUUCCUUUAUCAGGUUUCAACGUGCCUGUUAUUGCCUCGUUGGGUGUGUUCAUUGGAUUUUGCAUUGUGGGAAUGGCAUGGCUGAAGAUAACUUCGGAUAGAAAGAGAGUCGCAAAGCAGUUCAUACCGCUUUACGAGGACCUGCAAAAGUGAUAACUUCUUAGAAGAUUUUCUGACCACUUUUGCUGAGCGUAGAUGUAUAAAAAAGUCUUAACGCAAUUCUGGAUAUCGUGUUCAAUGAUAUCUAAAUCGGAGAUCACAUCCUCAUUGCUGUUUGACUACAAUGUCUUAGAAAAGUUACGUUUUCAGCCGUAGGCAUCGCAUAACCAAGUGCACGUCUUCAACUGAAUUUUCCAUUCACCAGGCCAUUUGUUAACAAUUAAAUUUGCAAUUUUUCGCUUCUUUUAAUGUUUAAUCUGAGCAUAAUCGUGAUUAGCUAUUUUUGUAACAAAACCAAAAACCAUUUUUUACAUGCUAAAGCUUGGACUGACGAUCUUUAAGUCGUCGUUGCUUUAAAACGUCAUUUUCAACGGCUUAUUUUCAAUCAAUGCACUUUUCCCACCUUCUUGAACCCUCAGUCAGUCUGAUUAUAGCCCCCAGUGGCUAUCAUCUCUCAUUGGUAUA